ACCAUGACCACUGAUGAGGCCACCAAGAGUGAAGGGGAGGUGCAGGUGGUGGCUCUUGCCGAGCGUGGGGAGGACAUCACACCAGCUCGAGACCGAGGGGUCCUGAAGAUCAUUAAACGACCCGGGAGCAAAGAUGAGUCCCCCAUGAUUGGGGACAAGGUUUACGUCCACUACAAAGGCAAACUGGCCAACGGUAAAAAAUUUGACUCCAGCCGCGAUCGGAACGAGCCCUUUGUCUUCAGCUUGGGCAAGGGUCAGGUAAUCAAGGCAUGGGACAUCGGGGUGGCUACCAUGAAGAAGGGAGAGAUCUGCUACUUGCUCUGCAAACCUGAGUACGCAUACGGCUCUGCUGGAAAUGCCCCCAAAAUCCCCUCCAACGCGACCCUCUUUUUCGAGGUUGAAUUGCUUGACUUCAAAGGUGAGGACUUGUUUGAGGAUGGAGGGAUAAUCCGGAGGAUCAAGAGGAAGGGAGAAGGUUACUCUAACCCUAAUGAAGGUGCUACAGUGGAAAUUCACCUGGAGGGAUUCUGUGGCGGCACCAGAUUUGACUGCAAAGAUGUGAAAUUCGUCGUGGGUGAAGGGGAGGACCAUGACAUCCCCAUUGGCAUCGACAAAGCCCUGGAGAAGAUGCAGAGGGGAGAGCACUGCGUCCUCUACCUCGGGCCACGGUAUGGCUUUGGCGAGGCAGGGAAGCCGAAAUAUGGCAUCCAGGCGAAUGCAGAGCUGGUGUACGAGGUUACACUGAAAAGCUUUGAAAAGGCCAAGGAGUCGUGGGAGAUGGACACCAAAGAGAAGCUGGAGCAGGCUGCCGUUGUCAAGGAGAAAGGCACAAUGUACUUCAAGGAAGGCAAAUACCUGCAGGCAGUGAUUCAGUAUAGGAAGAUCGUGUCCUGGCUGGAAAUGGAGUACGGCUUGUCUGAGAAAGAGUCGAAAGCCUCUGACUCCUUCCUCCUGGCUGCCUUCCUCAACCUGGCCAUGUGCUACCUGAAGCUGCGAGAGUACGCCAAAGCCGUAGAGUGCUGCGAUAAGGCGCUAGGACUGGACCAGGACAACGAGAAGGGCUUGUACCGGAGGGGCGAAGCCAGGUUAUUGAUGAACGAGUUUGAGCUGGCAAAAUGUGACUUUCAAAAAGUGCUGGAAGUGAAUCCACAGAACAAAGCAGCGAAAUCCCAGAUCUCAGUCUGCCAGAAGAAGACGAAGGAGCACAAUGAGCGGGACCGGAGGAUCUAUGCCAACAUGUUUGCAAAGUUUGCAGAGAGGGAUGCAAAGGAAGCAGCUAGCAAAACUGGGGUCGAAAAAGCAGUGGAGAAAGCAGCUUGUGAAAAGGGACUGAAAACUCCUGGUGCUGAAGAAGAAGAGGCCGAAGGACACGUAUGAUGGAGGAGGAGGGGAAGGGAGAGCCUCUUGCCCUCGGCCCACGCAGAAAAAGGUUGCUGCCAGACCUUGGGACUCGCCAGUGUUUUCUUGUAAAGCUUGUUACAGUUUGUGUGAUCGUGGAAGCAAAAAGCGCCUCACAAAGAGCAAUGAACCCUGUCCCACUGCCCUGAGUGCGCUCGGGGGCAGAACGGGAGUGGCGGGAUGCCGUGGGACCACCGCACAUGGAACAAAUAGCUUUUUAACAG